AUGGUCUCCGUAAGAAAAAGAAAGAUGAACCGUUCGUCGGUCAAGAAAAACACCAGAAGAACUAAAGACAAGCAAAGAAACAUCAAUAUACAUUCUAACCCCAUUAUUGCAGCCAAUUGGGACAAAUCACUUACAUUGAAGCAAAAUUAUAAGAAAUUAGGGUUGAAGGUCAAAUUGGGAACAUCUGCUGGUGGUCUGGAACAGAAGGUGGAUACAUUGUCAGAAAUUAGGCAAAGAAACGCAGAACUAGCUAAGCUCACCGAUAUAACUCUUGAACAAAUUGAAAAUGCAACCAACCCUGAGGAAAUCCCAGAGGGACAAGCUCGUAUAAUCAGAGAUCCAGAAACUAACGAAGUCAUAUCCAUUAUACACGGGACCAAAAAGGUUGGUCUUUCAUCUGAAACAAAUGAAGAUUCUCUGGUCAUCAAGCAAUUGGAAGAAUAUGCCCAAAAACACUCUGAAAUCAAGAAGGAAAGAAAGCAAUCUGACAGAGAAAACGAUUGGUGUAAGUCUUUAUACAACAAGUAUGGUGAUGAUUACGAAAAGAUGAAGUGGGACAAGAAGCUUAAUAUCUACCAGCAAAGUGCCGGAGACUUGAAGAGACGUGUGUUGAAGUGGAAGAAAGCCGAGGGAAUCAACUAG